AUGAGGCUGCUGCUGCUGCUAGGGCUGGGGCUGGUUCUGGCCUGUGCCCCCCGCACAGAAGGAAAACAUAGUGUUGUUAAAAGGAACUUUGAUCCGCAAAAGAUUGCAGGGAAAUGGUAUUCCAUCCUCUUGGCCUCUGACCGAAAGGAUAAAAUAGAAGAAAAUGGUAGCAUGAGAGUUUUUGUGGAAAACAUCCAUGCCUUUCCGAAUGGUUCAUUAGGCUAUAAACUCCAUACCAUUGUAGAUGGAAAGUGUGCUGAGCUGAUUUUGGUCAGUGACAAAACAGGAAAGGAUGGUGAAUAUUUUGUUGAGUAUAAGGGACAUAAUACAUUUCGUAUCCUUGAAACCGACUACAUUAAAUAUGCUAUUUUCCACCUCACUAAUGUCAACAAUGGUGAAACGUUCCAGAUGACAAAGCUCUACGGUCGAGAAAAAGAUCUGAGUGAAAAGAUCAAGCAAAAUUUUGUGAAAAUUUGCAAGAAAUAUGGAAUUGCUGAGGAAAACAUAGUUGACCUGACCAAAGCUGAUCGCUGUCUGCAGGCCCGAGGCCAAGGGGAGGCCUAA